UUGGUUUGUUGAACAACUCGGCAGUCCGCCAGGGAAACCUGCUACGUAAACGUCGGUGGCCGGACGAUCGACGGCGAUCUAACUGGCAACCGUUCAAUUCUGCGCGAGUUUUUCGUGAAAUAUUACGCGCGCGCGCGAAAAUUGCAAGUUUUCAACACCAGAGCAUUCCAACGUCGCGACAUUGCACUUCUUGCCAGACAUCGCCGAGAUAUCACCGUCAAUGAGAUAGCGUUCUAACAUCUCUAAAAAUAGAGCGGCAAACACGGUUCACAAUCUACCAAGUACAGAGAGAAAGGCGACAUUACGAACUGUGCAAUUAAUUGCCGAUAAGUUAAUACCAUUAUACGAGCAUGGCAACACACGCAUUUCGUGGUAUUCAGAGGCUGAAUCGGGUACUGGAUGCAGGAAUAAGGACGCUGAACUCCACAUUGAGACGUGCAUCGACCUCGUCGCAACCCAGAAUUGUGACGGGGCCAAAUAACGAGAAGAUUAUUAUGCCUGUAGCCGGUGAAGCUUCUUACCCGGAAAUCUUGAUCCACGAAUUCAUUUGGAACGAUAGCGAGAGUUAUCCUAAUCACAUUGCUUUGGAAUGCGGUGUAAAUGGCAAGAAAUACACAUUCGCGCAAGCCAAGGAUGCGACAAGUUAUAUCGGUAGAAGUUUGCGGAACAUGGGUCUUAAAAAGGGCGAUGUGGUAGCAUUAGUGGCACCCAAUUUGCCGGACACAGUUUUAGGUUUCCUUGGGAGCCAGUCAGGAGGCCUUGUUGUCACUACCGUGAAUCCACUGUAUACGUCUGAGGAAAUGCAGAGGCAGUUUUUGAAAGCCAAAGUAAAAGCAAUCAUCACUUCGACCGCAAUUGCAUCUACAGUGCUCGCUGCAACAAGGGCAUGUCUUCCACAUGAAACUCCUUUUAUUGUAAUUGACGAUAAGACUGGUUCUACUCCAGAGGGUUCGAUACCUUUUGAUGAUCUCAUAACGCGAGGUAAAUCAUUGCCACCCGUAAAUUCGGACAGAACUUGCGACGAUGUAGCGGUUUUGCCAUUCUCAAGUGGUACGACUGGAUUACCAAAGGGUGUUAAGCUAACACAUCGCAAUCUGGUGUCUAAUAUAAUGAUGGUGACAGCUUCUGUCGACGCAUUUCAUCCUACUACAAGUACAUUUCAAGAAAUAAUACCUACUGUGUUACCAUUUUUCCAUAUUUAUGGAAUGAAUGGUGUGGUAUUUCCACGUCUUGCUUCCGGCAACAAGAUAAUUACCAUUCCAAAAUUUGUACCGGAUCAGUUUCUCAGCGUAUUAGAAAAACACAAGGCAACUGUCCUGUUUUGUGUACCACCUAUAGUGCUAUUUUUAACGGCUUCCCCUCUUGUGAAGAAGCAUUAUUUCGAUCAUAUGCAUAUGAUGAUGAGUGGAGCCGCGCCGCUCGCCAAAACGGACGUCGAUAGAUUCUACGAGAAAUACAACGUUGAUCCACAAGUCUUCAAGUUUCAUCAAGGUUACGGAUUGACGGAAAGUUCACCAGUGGCGUUUGUCGAACAUGGUGAAAAACCUUCUAGCAUCGGAAAAAAUGUGGCGAGUUGCCAUGUACGCCUUGUAGAUAUAACGACACAGCAGGACGUCAGUACUUCUGGUCAAACCGGCGAAUUAUGGAUCAAAGGGCCUCACAUUAUGAAAGGAUAUCUGGAUGACGAAGUCGCUACAAAGAAUACGUUAACCAAGGAUGGAUGGCUGAAAACGGGCGAUAUCGUUUAUUUUGAUGAAGAUUUCGAUUUCUAUAUUACAGACAGAUUAAAGGAACUUAUCAAAGUCAAAGGAUUCCAGGUACCGCCGGCGGAACUGGAAGCGUUGCUGCGAACGCAUCCCGACGUGGAGGAAGCGGCAGUGAUUGGUAUUCCGCACGCGAGGCAUGGCGAGGUACCGAAGGCAUUCAUAGUGGCGAGCAAGGGUAAGAAACCCACGGAGGACGACAUUAAGAACUUUGUGAAAGGGAAGGUCUCCGACUACAAGCGACUGGAAGGUGGAGUCACAUUCGUUGAUGACAUUCCGAAGAAUGCAAGCGGAAAAAUUCUAAGAUCGAAGUUGAAGCAAACCUAUAAGUCUUAACGUUGUCAAAGUCAUAUCUUUUUGAUAAAAAGAUAUUUUUUUAAAUAAGAUUAAUAAUAAAAAAUUUAAAAGUUUUGCACAUAUAAACGAACGUAGGUGAAAUGUAAUUUUCCAUGGGUGUAUAUCAUUAUUACGUGUACAGUGUUUUUUCCAUAAAACUGUAAAUCUUUGAUAUAAAUAUGUACAUAAUAUAUAUUUAUAUGUACAAAUUAUCUUUUGCAGUCUAUCAAAAACGGAACGUAAUGUUAAAAGACAUUUAUAUAAUUUAAAAAAACAAACAUAAAUAAAUUUUAUUUUUUCAAAAAGAAAUAAUUAAAUGU